GUUUAUUGUCGGUUUUUCUCUUUCAGCCGCUCAGAGCAAAGUUGGCUUCCUGCUAGCGCUGCUUACCUGACGUGAAUCACCUGAAGCUCGGACUCUCCUCCAGGACGAUGGCCAACCCACUCAGGUCUGAAGUGUUUCGACUGUACAAGAACCUCCUCUACCUCGGCCGGGAGUACCCCAAAGGUGGCGACUACUUCCGGGACCGUCUGAGAGCGGCGUUUGCCAGGAACAAGGCGGUGGAGGACCCCGAGCAAAUAAAGGCCCUGAUUGCUCGUGGCGAGUACGUUUCUACGCUGUCGUUUGAUUGGUCAGUCAGGUUUGAGCAGCUUGUGUUUGUUCAGUUUUUAUAG